AUGCCCUCCCCAUUGGCAGACCCCGUCACACUGCCAUGCGGUCUCGUCUUCCGCAACCGGCUCUCCAAGGCCGCAAUGGCCGAGGCCCUGGGCGGCAAGUCGCAUAGCGCAAACGAAACCCUAACAAGCGCCUAUGUCCCUUGGGCGAAGGGCGGCUGGGGUAGCAUUCUGACCGGCAACGUCCAUGUCGACGUAAACCACCUCGGCAGCCCCGACGAUCCAGCCCUACACACAGAAUACAACGGCGACCCUGCCCUCGUCGCGCAGUGGAAGCAGUAUGCGGAUGCCUGCCAGGAACACGGCGUCCCGACGCUUGUGCAGGUCUGCCAUCCCGGCCGCCAAUCUUUCCGGGGCGCAGGCACGCGCGGUCUCUUCGGACAGUCGGUUGCGCCGAGUGCGGUUCCGGUGAAGUUGGGCGAUGGUCUGUUCGAGCGUUUGCUUGCGACACUGCUGUGGAAUAAGCCGCGGGAGAUGACCAAGGCGGAUAUCGAGAGGGUUGUGCGGCAGUUCGUUGAUACGGCGCGGUUGAUGGCUGAUGCAGGGUUUUCGGGGAUCGAGUUGCAUGGUGCGCAUGGGUAUUUGAUUGUGAGAGGGUUUGUGCUGAUCAAUUGGUUCUUCUUUGUAGAUCAAUUCCUGAACCCGAAGACAAACAUCCGCACAGACGAGUACGGCGGUACCCCGGAGAAACGCGCAAAGUUCGUUCUCGACAUCAUCGCUGAAAUCCGAAAGGUCGUCCCGCCGAAGUUUGCUAUCGGCAUCAAGCUUAACUCUGCGGACCACAGCUCGGCGACUUUCGAAGAGACAAUGACCCAGAUCAAACUCCUUGCCGAGGCAGGAAUCGACUUCCUCGAAAUCAGCGGCGGCUCAUACGAAGAUCCGAAAAUGAUGGGAAUUAGCGAGCCAAAGUCCGAGCGUACCGCUGCCCGGGAGGCAUUCUUCUUAGAAUUCGCCAAGACGGUGCGCAGCAGAUACCCUGAACUCGUGCUGAUGCUCACAGGUGGGUUCCGGAGCCGUACCGGUGCCGAGUCUGCUGUCCGUGAUAAUGCCUGCGAUCUUGUGGGUAUUGGCCGGCCUGCGGCCGUUGAUCCUCACUUCGCGGCUUUGUUGCUGGAUGAGAGUGUUCCGGAGGAGAAGGCUGUGCUGCCAUUGAAGAAGGCUCCGACUCCAUGGAUUCUGCGCUGGAUUCCGCUCAAGAUUGUCGGUGCUGGUGCUGAGACGUUGUACUAUGCAAGCCAAAUCGGCAGGAUCGCGAAGGGACUUGCUACGUUCGCCCCUGGCAUGUAA